CCGCUCAGCAGACUGGCGGCGUAUGAGAGAGGUUGAGAAAAGAGCUGUGAAGGAGGAAGAGAGAGCAAAAGUGAGUGAGAGAGAGAGAGAGGGAAAGAGAGCGCGAGCAAGAAAAAGCCAUCAUGAAAAGAGGAUAUACUCGUUCUUAACACAGACUCAAAGAGUAUUUUAACUUUGCAUGGAAGGAGCAGCUGUGGAGGACGUCUUUUCUGGAGGUCAUGGGAAACAUAAGGUCCACAAUACCCGAAGAUCUUAUCUGUCCAAACAACACUAAUGUCUCCACCAGAAGCGAAUUACAGAUGACAGUGCUGGGCACACUCAUAUCCAUUCUUGUCUUGAUUAUCGUCAUUGGCAAUGUGAUGGUGAUUACAGCCAUUAGCCGCUUCCAGCGACUUCAGAACGUCACUAACUGCUUCAUUACGUCACUUGCGUGUGCUGAUCUGGUCAUGGGAUUGGUGGUGGUGCCCUUUGGUGCCCUUUACAUCAUUCUGAACACUUGGCACUUUGGGAACACCCUAUGUGAUUUCUGGACUGCCACUGAUGUUCUGUGCGUCACGGCCAGUAUCGAGACACUCUGUGUCAUAGCUAUGGAUCGCUACAUUGCCAUCACAUCCCCGUUCCGCUACCAGUCCUUACUGACCAAGAACAGAGCUCGCUUUAUUGUGCUGAUGGUGUGGGUCAUCGCCGGGCUCGUUUCCUACCUACCUAUCCAUACGGGGUUGUGGAAUUCCAGGAAUAAUAAGACAUUCUGUUGCCUUCUGAAUGAGACCUGUUGUGAAUUUGACAUCAGCUAUCCCUAUGCCAUUGUGUCAUCCAUAAUCUCCUUUUACAUCCCCCUGGUCAUCAUGGUUUUUGUUUACAGCCGUGUGUUCCAGGAGGCAAGGAAGCAGCUGAAGAAGAUCAACAAAACAGAGGGCCGGUUUCAUGCUCAGAAAACCAACAGGAGAAAUCAAGAUGUGGCGAACAACCACAGCGAGAUGAGGAGCACCAAGAAGGCCAAGUUUUAUCUGAAGGAACAUAAAGCUUUGAAGACUCUGGGCAUCAUCAUGGGUGUAUUCACACUGUGCUGGCUACCAUUCUUUGUACUCAACGUGAUUCCCCAGGAACAUGUGGACAUCUUGACUUUUAGAAUCUUAAACUGGAUAGGCUACGCAAACUCGGCCUUCAACCCACUGAUCUACUGUAGGAGUCCAGAUUUCAGGUACGCGUUCAAGGAGAUCCUAUGCCUCAACAGGUCACGCUACCCAAACGUUAGGCCAAACAAUGGAUAUAUAUAUAAUGCACACAGCUGGCAGAGUGAGAACCGGGAGCAAAGCAAAGGCAGCUCGGGGGACAGUGACCAUGCUGAGGAGAACUUGGCGAAAGAGGGAUGCCUGUCAGCAGAUAAAACAGACUCUAAUGGGAACUGCAGCAAAGCCCAAAUGAGAGCAUUGUAAAUCACCUUGGUGAGUCCUGACUCGUUCCACUGGUCCUGAUUUCUCAAUGUGUCACGUCAGGACAGGUUACGCCUCAUCUGGUAAGUGGCCAAUAGUGGGUGUGUGAUGGAAAAAGGGACAUUUUUUAAACGUUUGUUUUACUCAUCUACCUCAUCGUUUUCUCUACUAAAUUCUCUUGCUUAGUUCAUUUCUUUAUGAACUCUUUCAAAAAGGCUAGCACACUCAAAAGUAGUUAAUGAAAACAAAACUAAACCUUAAAAAUUAUUCUCAAUUCAGUUUCAAAUGAGCAGAAAUGGUCAUGACAAGUGCACUUCUGUGAUAAACACAUUGAAGUGGUUGUUCACUAAAAGGACUUCCCUUUUGAGGCUUUUUGUCGCCUUGAAUGAAUUGAGGAACUAAACUGCAGCUUUAAAGAAUGAUUAGCUUUCAUUAGGUUAUUAAGUUACAGCAGAUUUUGCAUUUGCCAAAAUUACUAAUUUUAAAAAAUAGGUUAAAAUUGCAUUUUAAAUCUUAUUAUUCAGGGUCGCAGAUGCUCAAAACACAAGCAAUGCUUCAUAUCAGCAUUAUCGGGUUUCACUUCUGCAAAACGGGCCAUUUUUGCUCAUUCAGGAAAAAAAUAAGAAACAUUUUUACAUUUUUACACCAGGCACGGCAUUGCUUCAACUAGUCUAAAGUAAUUCUAAAAAUAGCUCGGUUAAAAAUUACCUAACUUCCAACCCAGCACAGAAAAAACACCUCUUACCUAAUAAUAAAAAGUAAAGAGAAGAAGCCUGGUCAAACCAGCUUGUUUAAGGAAAUUGCUCAAUUAUAUAUACUGUAGUAGUUCAGUCUUUUAGAUGUGUGAACCUGAACAUUUUUAGACGGUCACCAAACAGAAACCGCUUUACUAAUUCUCAAUACCCCAUUUUUACAGCAUAAACCAAAAUCUGCAUCACUAGUUUAAAACAUCUGCAUGAUAACAGAACUUCUCCGGUGGCCCAUUUUGAUCACCGUAAUGUCAUUUCAGCUCAGAUUGCUGCCAAAUCCUUACUCACCCUGAGAGCUUUUUCCAGUACAACUGAGCAAAGUCCAACAAGUUUCUGCAUUAAUCCCUGACAUUCACUGUUUAUCAAAGACAUAAUGUGCCUCCCUAUUAAAAAUACCAUUAUCUAGAAAGAUAAAUAAAUUAGGAGGCAUCGAGUUUCCUGUCAGGCUCAGCUACUGCAUGCUGUGCAAAGCAUACAGUACUUUCUCUGUUCCUCACUCACUCAAGUUUCUAAGCUAGGCAUUUAAUGUAAUGUUCCAUGCAUAUCAUAAACCGCAUAAGUGAUAAACGGUUUCAAAACUUGUCAGUGUUUGUGAGCUGUUCAUUAAGGGCAAGUGUCUCUGUUACAGUGCAGCCUGCUUCAGCUGUCGAAAACUGUGAACUUUGUUCUUCGUAUCAGUUGUGGCUUUUUUGUGGUCUUUAGGCAAUUUUGUGAGCAAAGCAAAAGUGAUUUGAAGAUUUCAGACAUUUCCACAUGUUUACUUUAAAUGGAUGAACUGUAGUGAUUAAAAAUAUCUAUAUCUCUGUAAGCAUUACACCAAAGUGCAGAUUGAAACUUCCUAAAAGGGUGCUUUGUAAAUCUGUCUGAGAUUUUACUUUGGAAACACAAUUCAAACAUCGCAAAUGUAUCAGUAAAUAUUUAAAGGAGCACAGAGAUCUCAAUCCAGCUGUUUCUCUGUAAACAGCGCUCCACCUGCAAAAGCAUGCCGUGUCCUUUUUCAGGAUGUGAAAGUGAAUGUGACAGCUCGGACAGAUUUGUUAACACUGCACCCUUCUGGGAAGGUUUUUCUCUGCAUGUAGACCUGCCGUGUCAAACUCCGACCUGCAACAUCCUGUGCUAAAUGAAAUAUUUGUGCAAUCUUUGCUCUAACUGUGGUGAUGUGAUUUACUGUUGUAUUAGAACUUGAUAUUAAUACUGCCUCCUUUGUGGACAUGUUUAACCUGUUGAGUAAAGUGUUUACAUUCGUUAAUGUCUUUCAAUGAUUUAGACAUUUAGACAUGGUUCACAGUGGAUUGGCAUGCAAAUUGUCAUGAAUUGCACCUUCAUCUUAGUGAUUAAGCAUAAUGUCACGCUAUAGGGAUUAGCUUGAUGUCACCUUCAGCAUCUAACAAGUAAUUUUGUCACAGGAAGUUUUACAAAUACAAUCACAUUUUUGAAAACCAAUUUUAUCUUGGUAAUCGCCAAUUAAUCUGCACUUUUUCAAAGAAUUACACACACAUUGCAAAAAAUGAUUGGAUUUACUAAAUUUUUCAGGAAAGUGUUUGCAAACUAUUUAUUUGGGCUGAAUAUAAACAAACAAAUUAAGAUUAACAUUUUUUUUAAUCAGCCUAUAUAAAUUGUUUGCAACACCUACCUUGAGUGAAUCCAAUUAAUCAUUGUUUUCAGUGUUUCUACAAAUAGGGUACUUCAAUUUCUCUGACACAAAAAUGUUUUCUUUGCAUAAUGUUGCAUUAAUGCAAAUGGAUUGAAGUAUACAUUUUAACUGUCCAGUGACAUAUACAUAAAAAUUUCUUGGUGCACAUAAUAGUCCAUCUUCUGUGUAUGUACAACUGAAAAGGGAAGAAGACUUUUUUUUGUAACAGGGUUUCUGCAGGUUUCACCAAGUUAAAUUUAAGACAUUUUAAGACCUUUUUAAGACCAUUACAAAUGAAAUAUCAGACCUAUGCUAAGAUUUUUUUCAAAUAUCCCAGUUGGAAAAGAUUUUUACCUGCCCUAUCAAAAAGUGAUUAUAAUUAAUACAUUUAAUAAUAUAAUAAUAAUAAUUUAACAAUUAAAAAUAUAGGUCAGGUUAGUAUCCUCAGCAAUAAAUAAAUGGAGAUUGUUUAAACAAAUGUUACUGUAAGGAAAGUGAUUAAAUUAAAUUAUGCUAUUUUUAAAUAAAAAGUUUAAUUGAGAUGGAUUGUUGAUGACUGUAUGAGUGUUAAUGGCCAGAUUGAUCAGCUAUUCAUGAACAAAGGAAAAUUAAGACCUGUUAAAAAGAUUUAAGACCAGCAACACACUAUUUCAGUAGAUUUAGGACUUUUUAGGGCCUACAUUUUUUUUGGACAUUUAAGACAUUUUAAGACCUUGUAGACCUUGCUUAACCCUGCAGAUACCCUGUGUAGGAUGGUCCUUUAUUUCAUAGGCACUUAUGUCCUUAAAAUGUUCAGCUCCAGAGCUGAAUAACAUUUUGAGAAGCAUAUCUUGUCUGGGAGGUGUUUAAGUGUCACAUUUGUAAGUAGACAAGUGUGGACAGCUUCUUAUUGAUGCAUGAAGAUGUGAUUAAAAAUGCCCCGAAUGUUGCCUUAUUGAUAUUAGAGCAGAAUACAAACUCCAAAAAAAGCCAGCAGGCAACAGUUCAAACAAAACUUCCCAUUCCACAGCGCUUAAUUCAUGGCAUGUGUACUGUACAUAAUGUUGUUCCAGUUUGAUGUUUACUUAGAUUCCUCUGAGCUACUUUCGCACAAGAUUCAUCACUGUUUUGUUGGACUGCAGUGAAGUACGUUCAACUUUGUUUGUCUAUAUCGGUGGUAUUUAUGAAAUACAAGUGUCAUGCCAUUUGUAUUACGUAAUAAAUGAUGUAUUUAAUGUA